GUUUCUGAAAAAAAUUUGUUAAAAAGAAUGAAAACAAAAACAGAGCUAUGAAUCUUUUAUUUAUAAGAUAAAGAAGGAAAAAAAAAGAGAAAAAAAAUCAAAAAACCAUAAAUAGAGAAGAGUAAAAUCGUAAUUUAGCAAACGUUAGAGGGGCAAAAUGAAACCUAAAUGAUUAACCUUUAAAUACCGUAACGCUCCCUUCAAUAUUCCCCUGCUUGCCGUAUUAUUCCAAAAUUUGGUGAAAGCAACGCCUAAAGCAAAAAUGUCUCUUCUCUAACCUUUUUUUUUUUUUUUUUUUUUUGCUCUCCAACUUUCCCUUCAUUUUCUGGGGAAAAGCGAGCCAAAAAACGCAAAAGCAAUCCACAAGAAGCAAUUGUUCGAUAUCAAUGGGGAAGAACAAUAAGAUCGGAAGCGUUGUUCGGAUCCGUCAGAUGCUUAAACAAUGGCAGAAAAAAGCUCACAUCGGAUCUAGCAACAACGAUCCUGUUUCCGAUGUACCUCCUGGUCACGUUGCUGUUUCCGUCGGUGAGAAUCGUCGGAGAUACGUUGUCCGUGCUAAGCAUUUGAACCAUCCGAUUUUCCGACGGCUUCUAGCUGAGGCUGAGGAAGAGUAUGGAUUCGCUAACGUUGGUCCGUUAGCGAUUCCUUGUGAUGAAUCGUUGUUUGAGGAUAUUAUUGCGAUUGUGACUCGGUGUGAGUCGUCAUCAUCAUCUGGACGAGGUAAUCCUCCGGCGGCGACGCUUGAGGAUCUCCGGAGGUGUAGUCAUGUUGGAUUGGCGAAGAACAACGUUGAAUCUCGUCCGUUACUUCCUGGGAUUGCUGAAAAAUCUGUGUGCUAAUGAAAUUUGCAAACGGAAUGUGAUUGAAACUUUGGUUAGAGAUUUAAUUUUGAAAGUUUUAAUUUAAUUUCGUUGCUAUUUUUUUUAAUGAUUUUUGACUUUGUUUUUGGGAAGGAGAUGGCAAAAUUAGGGUUUGAUAUUGUUUUUGGUUGUCGCCAGUGUCGUCGUCCCAGAAUGAUGAAGAUUUGAUGAAGGAGAUAGUUUUUUUGGAGAGAGGAGCCCUCAGUUUUUAAUUUAGAUAUUUUUGAUUCUGGUCGAGAGAUUCUUAUUUAUAUUUCUCUUGGCUAUUUUCAAUUUGUAUAUUCAGAUUUCUGAAUUUUAACUGAGGAAUAAUAAAUUAAUUUGGAAUUAUUGUUGUCAAUUUAUUUGUUUAUUGCUUAAAGAAAGAUGCUUUUUGAUUUUCUCAUUAUAGUUCUUGACUUCUUGUUACCGAA